AUGUCAACUCCGUUGAAGGCUCUGAUCCAGGAGCGGCUGCGAGCAAAGAUGGUUUGUAGACGAACCGACUAUGACGUGGAUGAUAACUACGAGCGUGACUCAGAUCGCGUGCAUCACCAGCCUGUGGAUGUUAUUGAGUACGAUAUCACUAGUCGUGACGAUGAAGACAACAGCUUAAGAAAUACGGGAACUCGUGGAUCUACCUCUCGGCGCAGUAGCGCACCGCAAGGAAAUUAUCCUGUUCGACUUCAGACGCACAUCGAUCCGUCGGCCUACCUAGUUCAAUCGCAUCAUGACGAUCGGCAAUACCCACCCUCGAAUUCAUAUGCAUCCAGCCAGGGUGACCGACAGCGCUUUUCUCGCUACCCUCGCGAACAGUAUCGUGACACGAAUGCAUACGACCAGCAACAGCAUCACCAGAGAGACCAACGCCGACGACAGAUUAGUCACCACCGUAUCCGUGAGUUGCCACCGCGCCAUGAGUAUCUGCCUCGGCAUAUCAGUAGACAGCCAAUUCAAAAUCGUGCUUCUGAAUUACCCUGGCAUCGCUCCGACCAUGGGUCUCCGACGAGCAACAUCAGUUCCACGACCAGAAGUCUCUAUCGUGCUGCGUCUAGCCCAGUACAUUCCCCGUCUUUGCGAGCACACCGGCAGCAAAAGUAUGUCUAUAUCGAUCAAGAUGACUACAGUCAUCAUCGCCGUGACAUUAAGAGUUCUCCCAGGAUCGCAGCAUCCAGCAAUUCGACUCAUCAGACGCAACAUCAGGACUACGAUCAACGUCAGCACUACACCUGGAAGUCUCGUGACCAAGAUUCCCAUCCCACCUAUGAAGUGAGAGACCCUUCUCCGACACGACACCAUGAUCGCGUCGGCUAUCAAACGCCCGACAAAGCCGUUCGGCGGCCCCCAAUGAAUACCAAACAAUCCAUUCAGACAAAAAGUACCAACUCUGGAAACCGCGUAAUUCCCCCGCGGAAACUGCAGUCGAAGGAAGUCACACCCCCAGCCGUCACAAAGAACUUUGAGCAACUAGAGCGACACUCUCCACCCCAGCUAGACAUGGAAAUCAUCGAACCGCCUGCUAAGACUAUUGGUCGGACCCGGGUGUGGGAUGAGAUCAUGUCGCCUGAGAGCCGCCUCGCAGCCAAAGCAUUCGUCGAGAAACGGCAGCGCCGCUCCGAGAAAGGCACCCCCAGGACGAUGGCCACUCAGCGGUGGCUCGAAGUCAUCGACGCCCGAGCCAGUCGGCGUAAGGCCGGUGUGUAG